UCAAAAUUGCACAGGAUGACAUUUCAAAUUGCAUUCAAACUCAGCAGGAGCAAUGACAAUGCCAUCCUACAAGCUCACCUAUUUCAACAUGCGAGGUAGAGCAGAGCUGGCUCGGUAUAUCUUUGCCUAUGCUGGAAUAGCCUUCGAGGAUCGCAGGGUGGAGUGGAAAGACUGGCCAUCCAUUAAGAAGACCUUUCCUUUAGGAAAGCUCCCAGUGCUAGAGGUGAAUGGGCUCCUUCUACCCCAGAGUCUGGCCAUUGCACGGUUCCUGGCAAAGGAAGCAGGGCUUGUGGGUAACAGCAGACUAGCCGAGGCCCAGGCAGAUGCUCUGGUCGACACCCUCAACGACUUCACUCUCUUAAUCCCAUGGAGAGAGGACGACCCACAGAUCAAAACACAGAAGAUUGACAUGCUUUUCCAAAGCCAUGCCCCCAAGUUACUGGACCAUCUCCAGUGUCAGUUGGGAGACAGGGAGUGGUUAGUGGGCGAUUCGGAGACUUGGGCUGAUCUGUACUGCCAUGUGUGCUUCACCACCUUCAAUGUGCUGAGACCAGGCUUUGCUGAUCACCAUCCUGCCCUGUGUGGUCUGACUGAUCGGGUGGAGGCCAUCCCAAACGUCGCCAAGUGGAUCCAGAGCAGACCUACAACAGAGUUCUAAAACCUGGGCCCUGUUCAGUAGGGACGAAACAGGAGGAAAAUGUUCUGAAACUGAGAAUUUGUCCAAUAUGAAUUCUCAUUUAAUGUUUUUUAGUUCCAAAACAUGUCCCCUUUUUAUGCUUACUGAACACGAACCACAACUUACCCAGCGAUGAGGAAUGGGGAUGUGUAUGCAAAAAGUACUGAUGGGUAUGAGGCAUAAGAAACUGAACAAUUAACAACCACUAGAACAGAAGUUGGGGGGGGGGGUUGAUAAUUCCCUACUUACUGUUGAAGUAAGGCCAGACAUGACAA